AUGGAGAACAAUUCUGAAUCAUCAUCUGUCUUUACACUUCAAAGUUCUUCAGAGGCAAUGGUUUCUAUUCAGCUAUUAGAUUUUAAAACAAAUUUACUGGAAGCAUUAGAAGAAUUGCGUAUGAGGAGGGAAGCUGAAACUCAAUAUGAAAAACAGAUUGAUAAAAUUAUUACAGAGACACAAGAACUUAAAUGGCAAAUGGAAACUCUUCAAAAUGAAAAGGAAGCAUUAGUAAAGCAACACAGAGAAGCAAUGGAAGGUUUGAAAAAACAGUUCCAAAUGAAGAUGUAUGCUUUGGAAGAAGAAAAGGGACAAUACCAACUUGCUACAGAAAUAAAAGAAAAAGAAAUAGAAGGAUUGAAGAAAACAUUAAAAACACUACAGGUUUCUGAAUAUUCUUUACAGAAGAAAGUGAGUGAAAUGGAACAAAAGGUCCAGUUAAAUCUUCUGGCUAAAGAAGAUAAUCAUAAACAGUGGAAUGAAAUUGAAAAAUACAGUGUGGCAAUAACAAAUCAAUUUGGAUUGGUAAAAGAGAAUCAUGUAAAGUUAGAACAAAAUGUACAGGAAGCAAUACAAUUAAACAAACAACUUUCAACUUUAAAUGAAAAACAAGAAGCUGAGCUAUGCAGCUUAAAAAAGGAACUAAAAAGAGUUGCUUCAGACUUGAUAAGGUCCAAGGUCACCUGUCAAUGUAAGAUGGAACAAGAAAGCAUCAGUCUGACAAUUAAAGAACAAAAAUGCGAAGAACUUCUGGAAAGACUCAAAGUGGAGUUGGAAUUAAACAAGAAGAUUAAUGAAGAAUUUACCUGUAUUCAAGAAGAAAAACAGGAUAUCAUCAUUUCUUUUCAACAUAUGCAGCAGUUACUUCAGCAACAAAUUCAGGCUAAUGCUGAAAUAAAUGCAGAAUUGAAGACUCUAAGAGAAAAUAACCAGACCCUUGAAAGAGAUAAUGAGCUGCAAAGGGAGAAGGUAAAAGAAAAUGAAGAAAAGUUCCUUAAUCUUCAAAAUGAGCAUGAGAAAGAACUAGGAACUUGGAAGAGACAUGCUGAAGAACUUAAUGGAGAAAUAAAUGACAUUAAAAAUGCAUUAUCAUCACUUAAAGAAACACAUAGUAAGUUACAAGAACAUUACAAUGAAUUAUGUGAUCAGAAAAAGUUUGAGGAAGACAAGAAGCUUCAGAAUGUUCCAGAAAUAAAUAAUGAAAGCAGUGAUGUAUUAACUGAAAAGUCAGAAAGCAUCGUGUUACAGAAAUACAAAUCUGGGCCUGAGAUAAGCGAAGAAAAUACUAAAAGUUUUUGUUCAAAUACUGAAUACAGAGAAGAAGGGGAAAAGACAGACCAUUCACCAGUAGAAGAAACCAUUAUAGAAGACGUACUGAUUUUUGAAAAGAGCUUCAAGAAUGAAAUUAGUAUGACUGUGUCAUCUCAGGGUAGAAAUCAAAGUGAAAUCUCUCUAAGCAAAACUUUCUGCCUAGACAAAGUUGUAAUUAGGCAAGAACAAGCUUUGAAUAUUACCGAAGGUAGAAAAUCAGUUACCACAGAAAUAAAAAACAAGGUAGGUUUGGAAAAAGACAAUGGACAUACAAAUUUUAAAUUACCUGGGGAUCCCUUUUCAGCAGUGGAUAUGCCAGUAGAAACAGAAAAGAUAUACUCACAAAGAACAGUAUUAGGUCUUCAGCAUACAGAUAUAGGUGUAGAUCUGGAUAUGGAAAAUAAGAGUUCAGUUAACAGUAUUUUUGAUAGUAUGGUUCAGUAAAAAAAUGAUAAUAAAGAUGUUUCUGAGAAUGAACCUUGCAAACAAUUCAUAAUGCUUCUAGGGAUUCAAGAAAAUGUUAUGGAGAAGGAAAUUGCAAAUAGAGACCAAAACAAAACAGAACUAGAUUCAUCUCUAGAUGUAAAAAUGAGUUCUCAGUGUGAGUAUAGCUUAAAAGAUUCAGAUAAAGGUUGAUUAGAUGUUUAACUGUGUAAAAGAAAUCAAAUGCAACUGUUAAAUUUAAAAAGUGAAUGCAGCACACUACUUUUUAAACAAACCUCAAAUUUCCACCAAGUGUAUCACAAGAUUGAAGAGAAAACUGACCAGACUAUUCCUUGUAAUACAACAAUCAACUGCUCCAUUUCAUCUGCUCCUUUUGCUAAUUUGAAAGUGCUUAAAACUUGAGAAGACAGUAUUAUUCCCAAGUUGGUGAAAACCAAAUCAAGCCCUGAAGAAGGAACUGUAUGGAAAAUUGUGAAUAAUAUGCAAAACAGUCAAUUGGGAUAUGUGGAAAACAAUUCCCAUCUUCAGAUUAACCAUGAGAACAAAGGUUUGGAAACUUCUGUUUAUGUGAAAACAUCCACAGAAAUACAGUUUUCUAAUGAAAGGCAGGUUGAUGAAAAUCAGAUAACUGAAACUACAAAAAAGAGUCCCUUUUUUGUCACUGUUAACAUAAGACAGCAUACAUUAUUAAAGAAUACAGAGAAAACGUCAUUAAAUGACAUCAUUUUAGAAAAAAUGUACAAUGAAGGUCAGCUGGAAGAAUCACAGUCAUUUCACAUAAAACCAUCUGAAGAUUUAGUAAACGGACAAGUAAGGUCAGCCUUUGAUUUUUCUACUUUAGAUAAACAAACCGAGAAAGCUCCAGUACACAUGAAUUUAGACGCUGGUCCUUGGUCAAAAGCAAAUCAAAAUGAAAGUCAAAUAGUGAGUACUUCAACCUGUAGUAUUCCUUUGUUGCUGAAGGAGAGACCAGUAGGUCCAUCAGAAAACAAAAUGAUAAUUUCAGUGACUCCUUAUAAAAAUGUUGGUAUGGAGGAUGGCACAAAGGAUAAUGAGCCAGAUACUAUGACCAGAGUUGCUGACACUUUGACUAACUGGAGUAACCAUCCAGAUCCCAAGGGGGAGCCUGGUGAAGAGAGGAAUGCAGUUGCAAAGACUUUUUAUGAUUCUUCUUUUCCCACAGCACAUGUAAAAGGAAAGACUCUGAUUUCACCUGUGCUACAAAGCCAUUUUCAAGCAAUCAAGGCUAAAGCUACUCUUGAUCUGGCUGCCUUUUCUGAUGAUGAUGAUUGGCAGGGUCAUGUUACAAAUCAACUAACUGAAACUGUGAAGUUCCUAAACACAGAAAAUGAUGACCAACCUAAAAAAAGAAAAGCAGAAGAGAUGUUGGAAAAAACAGACUAACCAAUGUCAAUUAAAUGCAUUCACUGGUGAAAUGUUAUGUCAAACACUGACAUCAUUUUUAUUAGAGUAAAAGACUACAUAUAAAGUUGAUUCUGCAAAUAUAUUAUUAAAGGUCUUUUCUAGAUUGAGUUAGCUGUUGGUAUCCUUUAAGUUUUUGUCUUCCCUUCUGCAUGUAAUUCUUUCAAAGUAUUAUUCCUUCAGUGUCCUUCCUUACAGAAUUCAUGUACUGUC